AUGCCUCCAACACCCAUCUCUCCUAGCGCCGUGCACAUCAUUCUGCAGUACAUCGCGCCGCCCUCUCAGCUCACCCAGUCAAUUCCUCCACAUCUAUUAUCCAAGUCGCUCCUGCGGAGACAACACUUCCUCCAGCUCUCACCAGACAAUCCAUUGGAGUAUCUGUGCUGGCCUGGUUCCGCUGAUCAACGUGAGCACACCGUAGAACUACUGGAAAACGUGCCUCGCAACGACGAUCCGGUCGAUUACCCGGUGCAGUACACCCAAGAUGAGGAGCAAACCUUUGCUCACGUUGACCUGUCGUCCGGUCGCGACGAGGGAGUGAGGCUAGUUUUUGAGUGGGAUGACGUUGACGGCUGGAAAUAUCAUGAUGCCUCCCUCAUGCCUUUCCCUCCUGGUAGCCAUUCUGUUCUCCUUGACAGUCUAGGGCCUCAUCAUGAACGCCAGUCUACGCUGCCAGCGAGUUCGCAUGGGCAGGUCAUGGAGGGCUACAGCAGUGACUUUGGAGAUGAUGACUAUUGGAAUGCAUACGGAUCGCAAGAUGACGGUACCUCGCUCGAAGAUCGCCACUUAAAUGCGACUAAGGACGGAGAGGCAGGAACAGAAGAUGCCUAUUGGGCCCGCUAUUCUUCAGUCCACGGCACAGCCGAUUCCACUCAGCCGUCUCCUCCUCAACUCAAACGUAGGCUUCCGCGAGCGGGGUAUGACCACGAGACGGGGCGACAUUCCACUGAUCCCAUGCGCUUCUUAACGGGUGCGGAUCCACACAGCAUUCCUCUGUCUAUCCCUUCUUCCGUCAUCCCUCGUCCAAACCUUCAUUCGAAGUGGGAUCCGGCCUCUCCCCGCACUCUAGCCAGUCUUCUCGCGGCACUGCCGCCCCGCGCAAGUCUCUCACCAAAGCUGGCGCCUUCUUUUGACGAGGUGGACGACUUCGGAUCAGACGUGCCAUCGCCUACUGUCGGCGGUAGCACCGAGAGCCACGUGUCGGAUACGGCUUUACUGCAGAACGAGUCAAAUUCCCCAGUGCCCGUGCUCGAUGUUGAGAACAAAUGGAUAGACAUCGAGAACGAUUUCGAGGGAGGGCGUCCUGUUAAGCAGAAGAAUUGCGACAGUGACGAAGCGGGUAUAGAAGUAGUGGCUUUGCGGGAUGGUAUCCGAGGACUGACACCCCUACUCUGCCGCGGCCUGGCGAAGGUCAUGUCCGAGGAUGAUCUGACCACGACAUCAAGGGCCGACUUAGAGACCUGUAUGUACACGUUGCAUACGCAUGGGCGCAUACCGACCACUUUGGAAGCCUUGUUCCACAAGACCGUCACGAGAAAUGUUGCGCUCGAGACGCGUGUCGAGGAGCUCGAAAGAGAGCUUGCCGUUUGGAAGGCAGCACUAAAGACUGCCGACGAGGACAAUAAGACGCUGAACAAGACUAUCUAUCGGCUGGAGCGUAGCAUUGGUUCUCUAAGAGAGGACAAUCCACUGAUUCUAUGCCUCAUUGACGGAGAUGGCAACAUAUUCUCGCCAGAGCUCCUGGCUAUGGGUCAAGUGGGAGGCCGACAGGCUGCCAUGCUCCUCACCAAAGGGAUCACGGAUUAUCUGGAUAGUAUCGACUCGCCGGAUGACGCCAUGCUCGGACGCGCACAAUUCUGGCUCACUAUCUAUUGUAAUAAGAGCGGACUGCAAGAGGCUCUUACACAGAAUGAUGUGUGCACUGCUGAGCAAUUCGAAGCGUUCUUUAUUGGAUUCAAUCAAGCGACACCUUUGUUCUCGAUGGUCGACGUCGGCAAUGGCAAAGAGGCCGCAGACGCUAAGAUUAAAGAAUUCCUGCGAGUCUUCACGCGUUUCCCGCAAACAUCAAGAGUGUUCUUCGGAGGCGCGCACGACAACGGUUACACAUCGACUCUUAACUAUCUGCAUAAUGAGGGCCUACUUGACAAAGUUAUUCUCCUUAGAGGAUAUAAGGAGCUUGCAUACGAAAUCAAAGGGCUUGAGCUGCCAUAUAUUGAGAUAGAAGGCUUAUUCCUCACGAAAAAGCUAUUCUCCCAACAUCAUAAAAAAGCAUCCGCACCAAAUACGGCGGGGCAAACGGUGCAAAUGCAUGAGAGCGAGAAACAACGCAGCAAGUCAAUCACUCCAAGUCGAGGGAACCCUAAUGCUAGCCCACUCAGGAAACCCAGACAACUGGAUUCCAAUCAGAGACCUCCGCCUUGUAACUUCUACUACCUAGCCGAAUGUAAACAGGGACAGAACUGCCGCUUUGCACAUGACUAUGUCCUUCUACCUGAUCAGCUUAUGGAGCUGCGCGAGAAUGCGCGCAAGUGGCCGUGCCCUUUCGUAAACAGAGGACAGCAAUGCCACCUUGGUAACAAUUGUGUUAUGGGCCAUUAUUGCCCAAAGGGUGCUCGCUGUUCCUUUGCCAAGCAAGGAAAAUGCAAAUUCAAAACUGCACAGAAACAAGCAGCACCUCGCAAACGGAAGGUGUCGGCGAUUGAGAAGCACGAGGAUGACAAUGUGGAUGCUUCGCCGACGAAGAGUGCACGGAUCGAGAAUACAGGCAGUGGAGAAGAAACUGUGUUGCGCAGGAGCGGUCGGAAUCGAGGCAAGACGAUCAACUACAACGGAGAUAGCUUUGAACGUACCGGAUCUCGCUUGGCGAGCGUCGAACCUGGUAUCCGCAAGAUGGAAGCUGAGCCGAGAAGCGCGAACAAGAGAGUGCACGAUCCGAAAACAUUUGGUGCUAUACCACGCAUCGCAGUCGGCACCUGGUGGGAGACGAGGCCCUGGGUUGCAGGGAUUUCAGGAGGUUCUGAAGGAGCCUAUUCCAUCGCACUAUCCGGUGGCUACGAAGACGACGUGGAUCUUGGUGAAGGCUUUACUUUCACUGGCGCAGGAGGGCGAGACCUAAGAGGCACCACGACAGCACCUAAGAACCUGCGGACCGCGCCGCAGAGUUGCGAUCAAUCGUUCGAGAAUCGCCUGAACAAGGCUUUGCAAAUUUCUUGCCAAACGAAGAAGCCGGUGCGCGUGAUCCGUGGAUACAAACUGAACUCUCCUUACGCGCCGAGCGAGGGCUAUCGUUAUGACGGGCUUUACACGGUUGAGAAGCGGGUACCGGGUCAGCCUCCACUCCAACUCGCACCUCAAAAUGCCGAAACCAAUACGGACACGAAGGAUGAAGUAGACGAGGUCGCUGACAUCAAGCCUGAAAGCUCGGACGAAGUCACUCAGUGA